GAGGGCAUGCUGCUGGCCAUGAGAUGCCAAUUAGAGGAUGUGGAUAACAGAGGCCAGAAAUGUAACAUCAGGGUACGGGGGGUACCCAAAGUAGACGGGGAAGAGAAUGUGGGUGAGACGCUAUCUGGUCUCUUCAGGGCACCCCUACCGACGACAGUGCCAGCACAGUUUAAAUUUGAAAGGGCCCAUAGGGGCGCAAGAUCAAAUCUAGGAGAGAAUUUACCCAGAGACCUUAUAUGCUGUAUGCACUCCUUCCUGAUCAAGGAGGCCAUCAUGAGGAGGGCCCGUGAUAGGCCUACUUCGGAAUACCGCGGAGCGCAGGUGUCAUUAUACAAUGAUCUCUCCCCUCUCAUGCUUGAAGCGCGGCUUGCCAUAAAACCU